AUGAAAAUAGUUGACCCCGUGGACUCGAUUCUAUCAAAUAUUAUUCCGUGUGUCCUUUUCCCAAUCGCUACACUUUUUUUGGUGAGAGAGAUUUGGAAAUUCAGCAAAAAUCAGCAACGAAUCGCAUCCUCCAGAAAAAUGUUUGAAUCACAUAGGACCACAAAAAUGGUUUUCUUCUUCGCGGUUACAUAUUUCAUAUCUGGUUUUCCUUGGGGAGUCCUCUCAGCAUUAAACCCGUAUUACAUUGGCGGGAUACCUUUAGUCGAAUCCAUUAUUACUUGUCUUCUUUGGAUCUUCGGUUCCGUUUUGAUUUUAAACACAGCAACUCAUUUUUUCGUUUGCAUGAUGAUGUCAACUGAAUACAGAAAAACAAUGCUUUCAGUGAUUCGGUGUGGGAAAGAGAAAUCCAGCGUGGGAGUUGUUGGUGCAUCUUCAAGUGUUGUGGUAUCAUUCUGA